UGGUAAACACAAAAAACCAACCGUGUACGGAAAACAAAAACAAACACACCGAGUGAAUCCAACAGAAAAGUGAUAGACAUCGUCGCGAAAGCACGCAAUUGUAUGUUCGCUCCGGUGCCUUCGUUGCGAUCCGAGUUGAUCAACAAAAAGAGAAACUGUACUUCACGAGGUUUUUCUCUACACCGGGAUCGUGUUUUUAUAUCACACGAUUUACUAGACAAAUAUAGAAUUAAUGAAGGAAUAAUACUUAAUGCCUGGCUGUAUCGCAUCCACCCCCCCGGCAGAACGCGAAAUGAUAACGAGUGUAUAGAUUACGUGAGUGCUUAUAUUGUAAUACUGAUACAGGCGUAACUCGCCGUGUGGUGUGUUAUUUGAGCAGUUUAUGGUUUACAUUUUAUUUGAUCGGCCGUGGGAAGAAACAAGCAUAGUUUAAAAGAGAAACAUCGGCAGAAAAUUUGUGUCGCGUGAGGUGAAAAAAUUUGGGCGACCAUUUUAAUGGGCCGUGUUAUUAAAAGAAAAAUGAGAAAUUAAACGUUUAGCAGGCAAUAACCUUCGAUAAAAGUGAUCUCGCAAUAAAGAUUGAUUAUUUUUAUGUGCUCAAUAUUGAUAUCCAUGUAAAAAAGUUUUCGACAACCAAAAAUAUGGCAGAACACAAUCAUGCGUACUGCUGCAGAUAAUGAAUUUCUUUUGAUUCCAUAUUAGCCGGAAAAGCAUCGUUUCGAAUGCGACGAUUGAGGACAAAGAAUAGGUCUUCAUACGGAAACACCCUUCUGGCAUCGCUUAUCGGCGCAGUACUGAGUAUCUAAACUAUAGCAUAAGGAGCACAUUCGGUGCAUUCCAUUGCAUUUGUGUGGAUGUGUACGUGUGCCGCAGAUACUGGAGUAGAGUAAAGACUGCAGGUAUCAGGAAAUGGAAACCUAAUACGUAACCCGCAACUGGAGAGUCCGUACGAGUGCAUCGUAACCAGCAUGCACCGUCUUCGCACCCGUUUGCAGCAUGUAUUCGUGAGGUUGUGGUUCUGGAAGGAACGCAUAUGAACGACGGUGUGAUCCCCCCGAAAUGUUCGACAAUCGAUGUGCUGAAUAGUAUGAAUGAAAUUUUAUACCGUCCUCAGUGAGAUUGCAGUGAGACGACGAAGGGUGCAGUGUGAGACCGAGCGAGAAAACGAAUAAGUUUUUGUGACCCAAAUUGCAGCCGCGUUGUCUGUGGUCCUGAUUGAGUGUAAGGGUCAUCCUGUGAGCAAAAGAGGACAGCUGAGUUGAUUCAUCUUCGGGGUUGCUCCGAAUGGGAGGCGGUACAAAAAUAUUGGGUAUGCUGAGUGCAGUACAUAUGGGAUGGUGAGGUGUAGGGGUGGAUGUGCUAUGUGGGAAAUGCAGUUGUAAUUGCAUUUGUCGUCGCGAGUCGAACCUGUUAACUGAGUGUUGGGGUAAUUAUCUUGGACUGUUCAGGGAGUUCGUGGCAAAAGUAUACGAGUCGGAGGAAUAAAUCAAACGACAAAAUGUCAAUUUCCAACGGGAAAACUUCCUCUGAUAUUGAGAAUGCGGAAUGGAACUCAACCGGAAUGUUGACUCAUCACAGGUACGGCUCCAGCAGCAGCCAAGUUUCCCAGAGCAGUGGUGACAUCUGCCGCAUCUGUCACUGUGAGUCUGACACACUGAACCCGCUACUGACGCCAUGCUACUGUUCAGGCAGCCUUAAGUUCGUCCAUCAGACCUGCCUGCAGCAAUGGCUCACCGCGUCCGAAACGAAUGCCUGCGAGCUGUGCAAAUUUCCCUUCAUCAUGCACACCAAGAUCAAGCCGUUCAAUGAGUGGCGUAGCUUGGAAAUGUCCGGAGUGGAGAGGAGGCGCCUGUUCUGCGCUGUUCUGUUUCACUGUGCGGCCGCAUUAUGCGUGAUUUGGUCCCUUUGUGUGCUGAUCGAACGGGCAGCGGAAGAAGUGCGUCGAGGAUUAAUUGGAUGGCCCUUCUGGACGAAGCUGGUGGUGGUGACGGUUGGACUAACCGGGGGCGUUGUUUUCAUGUACAUCCAGUGUAAGCAGUACUUGAACUUGUGCAAUCGAUGGCGCGCGAGAAACAGGAUUCUCCUGAUUCAGAAUGCCCCUGAGAAAAUUCACCCUCCACAAUCACCGGUGAUGCAUCAGUUCCGGCGCGUCCGUACCGCAGUUGCAAGCGCUGGCGUGAAUGGCGGUAACUGUGGUAGCGGUGGAGGAGGAAGUAGCGUAAGCAAUCAUUCUGUCCCCAUUGGGGUCACAGUCCGCGGUUUCGAGCAACAAUUAAUAGGAGCUGUUGGUGGGGACCAUCAGUGUGAAUCGCAGAUUAACCAGCAAGGUCACAUUAUUGCGGCCAAUAUCGAGAACAGUUCUAUCAACUAUGACCGAGAUUGGACGUUGGACGAUAUCAGUCAGGUGUCGUUUAAACCGUGCAUACAGGGAAGUGGCAGUCUGACUCCGAUGCCGUUCCAUGACUCCGCACAUAACAUUUGCGAUGGAAGUGGAAGUGGAAGUGCGGUAGGCGUUGCGAGCCAUCGGUAUUCCGCGAUAUCCGGUUCAUCGCAAACGGUUCACGAAGAAGACGAGAAGCAGCGAAGCGCUGCCUACCUUGAACAGAACAAUGGUAAUUGUAGUAAUAGUAUUAAAACGGCAGAUUUAAAUUUGUUUAAAGUGCCGAACGCAGAACUGAAUAGUGUUAAUAAUAAUACAGAAGUGCCAUCGGAACCGAAUGCUGGUCGACAUCCGAACACAGCAAUAUUUCUAGAAAAUCGAGACAUCUUGGACGAUCCUCCAUACCACGAUCCGUCGGUAUGUCCAUCGAAAUUGUACUACCGACGGCCAACUGCGGUGGGUAACGAUAGCCAGGUCCAUCACCCCAAGCAGAUAGAUCCACGACAUGACUUCAGGCGGUCUUCUGAUACUAAACUUCUCCAGCAGAACCACGUGAUGCUGAGUGAAAAAUCCGCUGGGUACUGUCCUACCAAAGAUCAGGUCCUCCUCAACCCGAAGAGCAUAAUUGACGAUAUGACAAACUACCUGGGUUCGGUUAUAACGCGAGAGGAUGAGCAGUGUUCUGCGAACCCACAGCAAGCACAACAGCGAUAUCAUCGGCACAUCGUAACAACAGCUGGUAGUCCCAGUCAUCUGUUCCAAACCACCGAUAUUCAAUUCAACAGUUCCGUCGGGGAACAACCAAGCAGUCGACCCGUAUCAACUGAGGACGAUACCCUCGAAGUCAACAUCCAAGUGAUGCUGGAACUGGAUAUUGGCAACAUCCGACAACUGCUCGUGAAGAAACGCUCGGACGACAAUAUUUCCCAGCGUACGUCCUCCCUGUAUUGCCAGGACGAUCCGUCCUCUCCCUGUUUGGGUUAUCCCGAUGGGCGUCCGGUGUGUUCAUCUUUCUCGAAUUCCCGACUGCAGCAGGUCAGCGCACCCAGCCACACUAAAAUCCAAAUGCCUCCAGAAUACCACGCCGUCCGUCAGCCAGAAUGCAGCAGCAGUAGUACCACCCAGUUCAGCAGUAACCGAUUGAAGCUGUUCAAGUCCCUCCCGAAUUUGAGUGCCAGCAGCGAAAAUCUGCUGCCACCGCCCAAACACAUCGACUAAGACUUGCUCAUGUUUGCGUUUGCUGCUGUUGCGUUCAUCGAACUAGGUAAUGCCUUUUUGUGAUAAUUUCAAAACCGAGCAGCCAAGAUUUCGUUCUGUAGUUGGAUAGGAGGAAAGCCAUUUACUUAAUUAAUACAAAGUAAAGAAAAACGCUUUACAAUAUGAUACGUUGUAAUUUCGAAUCGGGGGCGAACCGAAGCAGAAUAAUCUAGCAUCACAUCAGCAUUUUAGACAGGAAUAACAACUAGUUGAUAGAUGAGCAGAUGUUAAAAGAAAAUCACUGCAACUGAGAAAAACUUAAAUAUUUUUGAAUAAGCGAGGUAAAUUAACUAUUUACCAUGUCAGAGAUAUGUUUGUGGAAUACUAGAGAAGGAGGAAAGUUUGGGAUGAGCGAAGAAGUAUCGAGGGAAUGGAUGCGUGAAAGUUGUACGAUCGAAAUAACUGAGAGUGGUUGAGGUAGUAGCGAGAAAAUGCAACUUGUGACUUAUAUAGGAAACAUGUGAAUGAUUAUUCUAACGGUGUUACAAUAGUACAGUUUUGAAUUUUCCGUUUAAAAUAGAACGUAUUGAAGAA